CGGGCUGCAUUGUAGGCGCGCGAAUCCGCCGCCGCGCCGGAAGGUUGGCUGCGCUGCCGAUGACGGCACACUGGCAGACGACAGUGCACUUUCGGUCCGGCGAUCACCAGCACCGCCAGCACGCACUCCGUCGCCAGCAGCCGGGACUGGAAGAACAGACCGCCGCGAGGACAAGCACAGACAUGUCCAAGAUCAUCAAGAAGAUCAUCAAGACGCCGCUGGCCGCGGCGCCCGUCGCGCCGUACAACCAGGCCGUGGUGGCCGGCAACACCGUGUACUGCUCCGGCAUGCUGGGCGUCAACAAGGACACCAUGCAGCUGGUGCCGGGCGGCACCGUGGCCCAGGCCAGGGAGGCCUUCAUCAACCUGCGGCACGUCCUGGAGGCCUCGGGGUCCUCCUUCGAGAAAGUGGUGAAGAUGACGGUGCUGCUUCAGAACCUGGACGACUUCAAGGACGUCAACGAGGUCUACAAGGAGUUUUUUAAGCAGCCAUACCCAGCCCGCACUGCCUACCAAGUCGCCAGACUGCCCAUGAACGCCGCCAUUGAAAUGGAAGCAGUCGCCCUCGUCGGGGAAGUCCAGAUUGUCGAAUAAACCAAAUCGCCUGUAAAUUUCAUCAUUUUUGCCUGUGUUAUAGAUGUUUGUCAUCAUAUUUUUUCCAAAAUUGUAAAAUAAAUACUUUUAUAUUUUUUC